AUGGCUGAGGAAAAUCAAAGCAAGCAAGUGACAGAGCUGACUCUUGUGGGACUGACGGACAACCCGCAACUGCAAGCGCCUUUGUUCAUCCUGUUCCUCCUCAUUUACUUCAUCACACUGGUGGGGAACCUGGGCAUGGUUGUGCUCAUCAGGAGCAGCGCUCAGCUGCAGUCCCCCAUGUACUUUUUCCUUAGCAACUUAUCUCUCCUCGAUGCUUGCUACUCAUCGGUGGUGGCACCGAGGACGUUAAUGAACCUUCUGAUGGAGAAGCAAACAAUCUCUGUCAUCGGCUGCGCAACCCAGCUUUACUUCUUCAUAGCCUUUGGCACCACCGAGUGCUUCCUCCUGGCUGCGAUGGCGUACGACCGCUACAUGGCCAUCUGCAAGCCCUUGCUGUACUCGUCCAUCAUGUCCCACCGGCUCUGCAUGCUGCUGGUGGCCAGUUCCUAUGUGCUUGGCCUGCUGCACUCCUGGGUGCACACAGAGUUCGCCUUCAGCCUGCCUUUAUGCCAGCCAGCCAAGGUCAACCACUUCUACUGUGAAAUCACGCCUGUUCUGGCCCUCUCCUGCUCUGACACACGUGUCAAUAGGUGUCUGAUAUUUGUCCUUGGUGGGCUGGUGGAGAUGGUGACCAUCUUGGCCGUCCUGGUCUCCUACGCCUUCAUCCUCGCUGCUGUCUCAAGGAUCAGCUCUGCUCGGGGCCGGUACAAAGCCUUCUCCACGUGCACCUCUCACCUGGCUGGAGUCACCAUCUUCCACGGGUCCAUCCUCGCCCUGAACUUCCGACCAGGGUCUGGCAGCAGCCUGAGCACGGAUAAGGUCUUUGCUGUGUUCUACUCGCUGGUGGUGCCCAUGCUGAACCCCCUGAUCUACAGCCUCAGGAACAGGGAGGUGCGGAAGGCUCUGGCCCUGCUCUGUGCUGAGCACAUCCUCAGCACGGUGCGGAUGAUAGAGAUGUAGGAGAGUAAAAUGACCACGCUCGUGCCCACUACG